GUUGUUCUACUCUUUUUCAAUGUGUUCGCUUCUACUCAGGCAGUAGUCUUCGACACAGAGGCACCACCGGUAAGCGAGGACAAUCGCGCUAACUUGGAGCGGUAUGUAGAAUGCUUGAAGAAUUGUGCGACAGGAAUUCCUGAAUACAAUCAAGUUCCUUGCAGUGAAUGUGGUUUUCUUUUUUCAAAUGGAACAGCU